AUGAGGUAUGAGGUCACGAGUCACGAGUCACGCGCAAGAGAGGACCCCAUCGAACAAUUCAGAAUCAUCAAACUCCUGUCCUGUUAUGCUAUUCAAUCUUCAUCCUCAAUCUCCGCCGUCGCCUUCCAGAAAUUCCCUCUCUACCUUCCAUCCCCAAAAAUUCUUCAACUGUCUCUGAGUAUCAUCAUGACACGCUCUCACAAGGUGACUGACCGCGAGUACCCCGCUGAGGGUGAGAUGCCUGCACGUGAAAAUCUUCCACGUUACUUCGCCAAAUCUGGCCCUACCGACGCAGACCCUCGUAAGACCAAGAAAGAUGGCGGUGGCAAAGGCAACUGGGGUCGUUCCGGAGAAGAGGUCCACGAUUACGGAUACACUAUGAACAAUGCCCGUCGUCGCAGCAACAGCAGCAUUCAAGGGCUAGCGGAUUUCCGUACCAAAUUCGAGACCAUCGAGCCCGAGCCUGUCUUUGAGGAGAAGCUUCACGGACCAGGCGAUGUUCGCGUCGCAGAUGAGAAUGCCGUGACUAAAGUCGAGAGCACAAGCAGUAGCGCCGAAAGCGAGAACUAG